AUGGACGCAGCAAUGUUCCCGCAACUGGCCUUUAUGGUCUUCCUCGCCCUCAUGGUCAUUCUGAUAAUCAUCUACUCCAUCACAUCCUUCUACAUCCCCGCCAUCAACGACCUCAUCAUCUCCGUAUUCAAGCACAUGCGACUGGCUCAACGUCAAGAAGCCAAUGUCAUUGAGAAGGCGCUUAGGAACGCGCGACAAGCAAACACAGGUCAAGAAGGAUUCUACUCACUCGGCAUGACUGGCGAGAUUGUAGCGCCGCUGAACAUUGGCAGCGGCGGCGCGCAUAUCAAGAAUAUGUAUGCUCCUAUUUGGGCUUCGAAUUCUCGGUCUGUCCCGAUGCAGUUUGGUGGUGUGCCUGCUGCUGAGCAGGCUCAGAAGUGA